AUGGCUUUCUCCAAAACCAAAACCCUAAAGUCAACGUUUCUUAUUUUGUGUCUCUUAGCCUCCGCCUUUUUCUAUCCAACCAAAGCUCACGGAGGAGGACACGACGACGCAGAUGAUUCCGACCAUGAUUCACCUUCUUCCGACAACAUAAACAUACGUUCAAAGAGUUUAGUCCUAGUGAAAAUAUGGUGUUUGAUAAUCCUAUUUGUGUCCACUUUCUUAGGUGGUGUCUCUCCUUAUUAUCUCCGUUGGAACGAGGUUUUUCUUCUCCUGGGAACUCAGUUUGCCGGUGGUGUUUUUCUCGGAACAUCCAUGAUGCAUUUCUUGAGUGACUCAAACGAAACUUUUGGAGAUCUUACAACGAAAACUUACCCUUUCGCUUUCAUGUUGGCGUGUUGUGGUUAUCUUUUCACCAUGUUUGGUGAUUGUGUGGUGGUUUAUGUAACAAGUAAUAAUCAGAGGGAAGCUAAAGUUGAGGAACUUGAAGGUGGGAGAACGCCUCAGGAACAUGAAGAGACUAAUGAGUUGGCCAUGGAUUCGAGUAAUGUUGCGUUCAUGAAGACUUCGAAUGUGGGAGAUACUGUUUUGCUUAUUCUUGCACUUUGUUUUCAUUCAGUGUUUGAAGGCAUCGCUGUUGGAAUUUCAGGUUUUGCUAUUUCUCUCUUUCUCUCAAUGUGUCUCUAA